GACCUAAACGUUGUUUGCAAUCCGCCAAUAAUUGGAAGAAGAAGAAGAAGAAGAAGAAGAAAGCGAUCAAAAUUUAGCAUCCGUCUUUUCAGGGUGGACAAUUACCGAGAUUCGAGUGUUUUUUGUGCUCCUUGAAGUGUCUAAAGCGUCAAAAUGUUGAAAGCGAUAAUAAGGGAGCGACUAAUUGCGGCCACAGACGAAAUCUUCGGAUUGUUUGAAAGAACGAUCUUGUCGUAUGAGGAGCAACUUGGUCGAGCAAGAGAAGAGACCGAGCGACACCGACGACAACUCCAAGCCGUUUGCAAGACCCAAGUUGUCAUACCUCUCCAAGAUGUCCAGCAGCUGAUGGGUCAUCAGGAAGAACUUCCCCCUCAGCUGCAGUGGGGGGAUUCGAGUUUAAAGCAAAAGAAUCCACUGCCCCCCUCUGUGAAAGAAGAAGAAGAAGAAGAAGAAGAAGAGGAGGAGGUGGAGGUUGAGGUCAACAAGUUGCCACUGACUGUCAUCUCUGUGAAGUGUGAAUACGAUGAAGUACCUGAAGGGUCUCAGCUUCUUCAUCACAGUCAAAGUGGAGAGCACGGUGGCUACCCACCACCAGACAACCUCUUAGCUCCAUUGUCAGAGAGUGACGACCUGGAAGAACCUUUGAGGUGCGAUGAAGACUGUGAAGGUGACAAACAGUCAAAAUGCUCAGAAGAGGCGACAACUCUUUGCAACCGUGAAAUGUCACAAAGACGUAAAAAACAUGUUGCCUGCUCAGUAUGUGGUAAAGUUGUAGCUAAAAAAAAUGUGCACAGACAUAUGAGAACCCAUAUUGGUGAAAACUCAUUUAGUUGUUCAGUUUGUUUUGAAGGGUUCACAAACAAAUCUGACUUAGUAAAACAUAUGACAACACACACGGGAGGAAAACUCCUGUGUUGCACAGUUUGUGGAAAAAUGUUCCAAAAAAAGUCACACAUGGUCAGACACAUGAGAAUACACACAAGAGGAAAACCGUUUAUUUGCGCAGUUUGUGGAAAAUCAUUCACAUUUAAGUCAGACAUGGACAGACACAUAAGAACACACACAGGAGAAAAACCCUUUAGUUGCCCGACGUGUGGUAAAGCAUUCUCUCAAAGGUCAACCCUUGUGUCACAUAAGUCAAUGCACACAGGAAAAAAACCCUUUACUUGCUUUAUAUGUAGUAAAGCAUUCCGUCUAAGGUACCAAAUGAAAACCCACAUGAGAGUGCACACGGGAGAAGACCCCUACAGUUGCUCAGUUUGUGGUAAACUGUUCACUCGUAAGUCAGAUGUGAUUAUACACUGGAGAAAACACACAGGAGAGAAAUUCUGUAGUUGUUCAGUUUGUGGUAUAAUCUAUACAAAUACAAAAGCCUGGCUGCACACGUGGAGGCAAAACAUAGGAAGAUAAAAGUCUUAUAACAACAUGGCUCUGGACUUGGCUGGAUUGGUUGUAUUAUCCAUCCAUCCAUCCAUCCUUAUCUGAGUCGCUUAUCCUCACAAGGGGCACAAGAGUGCCUGACCCUAUCACAGCUAUCGUCGGGUGGGAGGCAGAGUACACCCUGAACUGGUUGCCAGCCAAUCGCAGGGCACAUACAAGCAACCAUUCACACUCGUAAUCACGCCUACGAGCAAUUUGGAGUCUCCAGUUAAUACAUGUUUUUGCGAUUUGGGAGGAAACUGGAGUGCCCAGAGAAAACCCACGCAUGCAAGAGGAGAACAUGCAAACUCCACACAGGUGGGAUUUGAACCCCAGACCUCAAAACCUUGAGGCAGACACUAACCAGUCUCAUUCUGCCCCCUUAAAAUCUGAGAGUAUAAAUGUUCAUAUUUUUAUCUACUUGCACAUGUGUGACCAGUAAAUUUGCUGAUAUGUGAAAAAUGUAUAGAGUAUUUCAUUUUUUGGUUUGUAAUGAAUUUCUGCUCUACACAUCAACCCAAGGGAGCAUGGUGGUGCAGCUCUAAAGCAUUGGCCUCGCAGUUCUGAGGACUGGGGUUCAAUCCCGGCCCUGCCUGUGUGGAGUUUGCAUGGUCCCCGCAUGCUUGCGAGGGUUUUCUCCGGACACUGGUUUCUUCCCAGAUCCCCAAAAAACAUGCAUUCAUUGGAGACUAAAUUGCCCCUAGCUGUGAUUGUGAGUACGGCUGUUUGUCUCCAUGUGCCCUCCAAUUGGCUGGCAACCAGUUCAGGGUGUACCCUCCCUCUUGCCCGUUGACUACUGGGAUAUCCUCCAGCUCUCCCGCAACCCUUAUGAGGAUAAGAGGCUAAGAAAAUUGAUGGAUGGAUGGACAUCAGCCCAAUUGUCAUUGAUAAUGCACAUAUGAACUGGUUUGACAACCAGUAUUAGCUCCAGAAGAACGGGAAGCUGAGUACCAAAGAAGAAAAAGACAGGCCAAUGUGGUUGAGGGUCUGGGGGUUUAAUGACAAAGGUGUGGCAAAUGUAGAAAAAGAGGUGUCUGCCCUUAGCAAUGCAAAUUGUUACAUCCUUGCUAAAAUGCUUGAUACAUCCGUGUUGUGUGCUGAGAGUAACAGUAACCCCUUUCCUUUGUGGAUCCACUUUUCUCUUUUGCAUGUUGAUCUGGUGGAAACUCAUUUGGGCCACACUCUUUUUCGUGAAACCUAAUAGAUGCCUCACAUUCACAUUUGCUUUUUGAUCAGUGAUUAGCUGUCAAGUCCUUCUUGUGGAUUUUUUUUACCUGCUGUGGUGAAUGGAACAGGGAGUUCUGCCAAAACUCAUUUUCUGAUCACUGGCAAGAUUAGAAGUAUGGGACACACCUGGUGCAUUUCAGGGAUGCAAGUUCAAUGAAGUACACAUUCUGUUCUUGAUCCACACGUGGGGAACACAGAAUUAGAUAAUACUGAUAUUGCUGGAUUAAAGAUUAACUUUACAUUUUUAGUAUUCAAGCUAUUCGGUCAUAUUAACUGAAUAUCUCUUAUUCUUUGUUCUUGUUAGUUUGUUUGUUCUUUGUUCUGAAUGUCGUAACAGGGAGGCACAGACUACCGAGACAAAUUCCUUGUGUUGUUACACAGUUGGCCAAUAAAGCUGAUUCUGAUAUCAUUUGAAA